GUCUUCCGCAUCAUUCAUCUUAUCAAAAUAUAAAAAUUCCUCUUCUACUUUUGCCGUUCCUCUCUAAUUUCAAGCUUUCCUCAUCCGCCUUCAAACUCGAGCAAUCUUAAGGAAAUCAGAUGGCUCGUACGAAGCAAACUGCCCGUAAAUCUACUGGAGGUAAGGCUCCAAGGAAGCAGCUUGCCACCAAAGCUGCCCGUAAAUCUGCCCCAACAACAGGAGGAGUUAAGAAGCCUCACAGAUACAGACCUGGUACUGUUGCUCUUCGUGAAAUUCGCAAGUACCAGAAGAGUACUGAGCUGUUGAUCAGGAAAUUGCCAUUCCAAAGGCUUGUUCGUGAAAUUGCACAGGACUUCAAGACCGACUUGCGUUUCCAGAGCCACGCUGUGUUGGCUUUGCAAGAAGCAGCUGAGGCAUACCUUGUUGGAUUGUUUGAGGACACAAAUCUGUGCGCCAUUCACGCCAAGCGUGUGACUAUCAUGCCCAAGGAUAUCCAGUUGGCCAGAAGGAUUAGGGGAGAAAGAGCUUAGAAUGAUCUGUUCUGCUUUUGUGGUGCUUAGAUUGUUGAAGUGUUUUUUUAACGUUUUGUGCUUUUCUUCUUCUUCAUAAUAGGUAGUUUUACUAGAUAUGAAUGACUGUGGCAUACUGGAAAUUUGAUACUCUCUAUUAUAUAGGCGAAUUUAAUUGGUAUUUCUCUUUUCAAUUCU